GUAACCACUCUGCAAUCAUCGAAAAAAAUUAAAACAGCCAAAGUACGCAAAACAGAAACGGAGAUAAAUAGACAAAUAAAUAGAGAUCGGACAUUGACGCAAGUGAAUACAAAAUGUCCGAAAGUGAAAUAAAGCCGGCUUCGCCGAUACCUACGGUUAUGUGCGCGCAAUGCUGUAGUAGCAGCGGUGGCAGUGGAGGAGGCAGCGGCGGCGGAGGUAGCGGUAGUCUGACAUCCAAGCAAUGUCCAGCCUUGCAAGUCACCUCACGAAUGCUGCGCUCGCCGAGUCAUGAGAGCGUUACCACCGAUUUAUCGCUCUUCAGCGUGUCUUCAAUCGCGAGUGAUCUGCGCGGUGCCAAUAGAUUAGUCACUUUCAAGUCGUACAGUGACGCGCAGCUUACCGCACGAGGACCUUCUCCGAAACCGGAUUCUCGACAAAUUCAGGGUAACAGACCAGCGGAUAUUCCUGAAAUUCUUUGGUUCGAGGAAGAGAACGAGCUAAUACGUAGCUGCGGAGUUUUAUCAUCAGCACUGGGAUUGCGUAAGAGCUUCAGCACGAGCGAUGUGUCGCAGCUUCCCAGUCCAGACGCGGCUGGAGCCGGUGGCCUUCGAACAGCAGUAUCCGCUCUGGCUCUUGACACCGUCCAGCGCAAUACCCUGCUGCUGGAGCAUGCUAGACUUGAUCAUGCUUCGAGGUCCUGCAGCACCUGGGUCGCCGUAGGCGAACCUGUAGCCAGUACAUCUCAGCUUCCCAGCCCACAUGGUGGAGCCGCGCAAGAACAACAACAGCAGCUAUCGGAACCACAGCAGGCACAGCAACAAUCUUCCUCUAACGCUCAAUCAGUACCGCAACUGCCGCCGCAGCCACCGGCGCCGCCGCCACCGCCUGUACCCUUUACAGGAGCAGAUCUAGUUAGGUCCGUCAACAAAAAAGUCCGGCAAAAUUAUAUACGACGAAGAUUACUUACUACGUACCGCGCUUUGGAACGUCUCUCGCAGAGUGAAUUUAAUUUAGACCAAUUAGAAGCAGCAGCUACCGCGGCGCAGACUUCUCAUGGAACUACUUUAUUGGUGCCCGGAACAACCGCGCGGGUUCCUAAUACUUCUUUGAUUGGGCGGAAGGAGCGAAAUCACGCAUUGACAAUCCGGGAUGUUGAAAGAGAACGUGGAAAUCAGUUGUCUAAGUACGAGAGAAAUAUGAUGAUCUUCAAUUGGCUUCACACUCUAGACGACAGCGCAGUUGUAGACAGCGUUGAAUAAGAGCCAAGAAGAUUCUGUCACUGUUUCUCGCAACUCCGACAACAUGCGAUCUAUCGUGCCUAAGUCCCUCUUUCUUCGAUACUACUUUAUCGAGAGGGCACUUCAUUGAUAUAGACACCAUAUUGUCGCAUCUCGGAGGAUAUCGUUAAUUCGUAGUUAGAAAGGGACAACGGAGGAAAAGGAUAAAAUGGCGAUUUAUCCUUUGGCAUUCAGCAGAGUCUGUAUCUAUCAUGUGAGGAUUAAUAAAUGGCUGUGUAAUUUAGUCUAUAUAUAUUCUAUGUUUCUAACGAGAGAAUAAGUGUCUUAUGAUUAAUUGUAAGAUUGAAAUUUACAGCUACCUAUUAAGACUUAUAUGUCCACUGCAAUCAUAUAAGCGUAUUAAAUUAUGAUAUUAGAAGCGAGAAA